GCAAUCUUUGUGUCUGUUCGAAAUUUGAAUCCCAUCCGUCGAAAUAUAAUUCCCACGCCCUGUUUAGUACUCUCCGAUACCUCUGCUCCGGAGCCGACUCUUACGCACAUGACAAGAGACAGAGGACGGUGACAUGCUGAUUCGUACGGGACUUUCCGCCAAGAUGGAUGCCGCUAGCCUCGAAAAAAUUGAACAGCAUUGGGACGCCGCGGAGACCGCUUUUCGUGAUUGUGUCUCCAAGGGUUACAUCAACGAAUCUUUGGCUCAACACGUAGAACAGCUGUGCAACCAUGGGAUGCUACCUCUCCUCGAAGUCUGGCUUUUGAGUUUCUCCGAAGAAAUAAUCACUAGGGCGAUGAAGAGCUAUUUCUCAUCAACUCGGGUUGUCGAACACGUCCUCCCAAACCUCCAAGUGGCCGCGAAAGACAUUCGGAGGCUGCUCGAAGCUGCUGGAUGGCUCCGGAAAAUUUCCGGCGGGAACGAUGAGCCUUCGGUCGACAUCACGUGGUCUUGUUCCGGUCACAAACUCGAUAUCCACGAAGAGGUUCUGAAACUCUCGUCACGUCUGACAACCUUCUUCGUCACGGCAGAAUUCGAUUCGCUGAUGCUGGAAAUCUUCCAGAGAUCUUUCCGCGCCUUCCACAGAACUCAGAGCUCGGACGAUUGCUCCGGCUUGGUAUUCUGUCCGGGUUGCAACGCGGAGAUCGCCGACGAUGAAAACCUCUGCUCGUGCGCAGCGAUUGUCCGCGAGUUCGUUGAAAUCAACGGGGUAAUUGACGAAAUCGGGGCGUUCCCGUCGCUUGUGCAUGAUUGCGUACAGAGCGUGUGUUUCGAUCUCAUCAAGAAACACGUUUUCGAAACGUGUCAAGGGGAUUUCGAGAGUAAAUGUGCGUCAAACCUGGAACAGUGGCUGAAUGAGACCGUCGUAUCCUGGCUACAAACGAUCUCAGGGCAGACAACGUCCAUGAUCAGUGCCUUCAAGAACAACCUUCUGUACUUCCUGCAUGACAUUUUCAUCGAGUUUCGCGCGGGUCAGCUAUUCGAUAUGAUCGUUGAUUUCCCUGAUUCCCAACCUGCCCUCGAGGACUUGAGGGACUGCAUUCAGAAAGUCCGGAGUUUGGACGAACUCGUCACGAAGCUCAAACAAGCGAUGACGACCCGACUGUUCCAUCCUGGGGUCAAAACAGCGGACAUCAUCACGGCAUACGUCUCGACGAUCAAAGCUCUUCGGAUCCUAGACCCCAGCGGUUUCAUCCUGCAAUCGAUUUGCGAUGAGCUCUCGGUCUACCUGAAGUCCCGCGAUAAUAGAGACAACACCGUUCGGAUAAUCGUUUCGAGCUUGACGGACGAAAAUAAUGUCGAAUUAAACGCAGAGCUUGCGAGAUGCGCCCAGAAAGCCCCGGCACCCGGCUCCUACCUCGAUGGAUCUUCCGACGACGAGUCUGAUUGGCAGAAUUGGAUUCCUCAAGCAAAAGUCUCCCGUAUAAUCAAGUCAUCCGAUAUAAUCACGUUGUUGGUCAACAUCUACGGUUCAAAAGAGGUUUUCGUCGAGGAAUACGCCUCUCUGCUCUCUGGGAGACUUCUGAACGGCAGCUCAGACACGCAGAAGGAAAUCAUGUACAUGGAGCUGCUCAAAGUUCGAUUCGGUGAACUUGCGAUGAACAACUGCGAGGUGAUGCUGAACGACGUCAAAUAUUCCAAGAGGCUUCACACGCAGAUAAUCCAGGAGAAACUUGGCGAGAAACUUCAAGUGCCGCUGGACAGCCUGAUAAUCAGUGCUCAGUUCUGGCCCGAGCUCAAGGAUGAAACCAUGAAAAUCCCCGAAAGUGUGACCGGAGAUUUUGAGAAGUUCCGAAAGGAGUAUGAGAUACUCAACGGGAACCGAACAGUCAACCUCCGGCCGAACUUGGGUUAUGUUGAGCUCGAGCUCGAACUCGACGAUGGGAGCGUGAAAAGCGUGAAAUGUUCGACGGCGCAAGCAACUCUCAUCCAACUGUUCGAUGGAAGGAACCACUGGAAAAUGGCCGAUAUUGCCAACGCUCUCGAAUGUUCUCGGAUCACAGUUAAACGGCUCGUCGCCUUCUGGACACAACAAGGAGUUCUCGCAGAGGGUGGAGCAGGUCCGGACGGGGUGGUCGUCAUGGGGAGUGACGCUGACGUGGGCGACAUCGAGAACGCUCGCGGGAGACGAUCCCUCGUGGACGAAGAAAUGGAAGACGACGACGAUGGCAACUCGAGACCGAACCAACUGCAGGAAGUGCGAUAUCAGACGUUUUCUAACUUUGUGCGGGGUCUCCUCACGAAUCUCGGAGAAACACCACUCGACAGGAUCUACUCGAUGUUAAAGAUGUUUGCCGCCUCGAGCUGGGUAGAUUUCACCAUACAAGACUGCAAGCAAUUCCUGGACUCGAAAGUGAAGAGCGGGGACGUUGUAUACAGCUCAGGUCUCUACAGUUUACCUGCCAAAUGAUCCGAACGACCCACCUCGAGCUUGGAUUCGGUUAUUCGACCGUCUUUGUUCGAUCUUCGCAUCGGCCCCUGGUCCGAACUCCCUCACAGUCAGCGAAGGAUGAGGAGAAGCGACCGGUCCGAUUGUCUUCAUUUACCCUUCAAGCAGCGCACAAUAAACUAUC